AUGGACUACAACUGGGGCGAUCCGAAGAAGAAUUCGCUGCUCUCGUCCAGGAUGAUGGCGAAAGCUGAGGUCACUCGAAAGAAAAGAUUGACGAAUGUGAAAUCGACUCUGUCGAACCAGUUGCAUCCAGCGAUAGAGAACAAACUACGAAAGAAGAAGAAAGCUCCCGACUCAGCUCGACGACAUCUCAAUGGUGACGAUAAUAAUUCGAAAGAUAGCAGUAACUAUAACGAAGCGUAUAAAGAUAAGGCAGAACCUCAGUUGACGAGCGACGACGAGACCAGCAUGCUCGAUACUGUCCGUCAAGAUGUUUUCCCGCUUCCAACUCGAGCAUCUUUCAGCACCAGCGCAUCAAUGUUUGACGAGUUUGAUCACAAUGCUGCUGCUGACGGGCUGUUCCAUCCUGCCUCAACAAUCGAGGCUUUUGCAGAGCAUGACGCAAAGUAUCACCAGGAAAUUAAGAGCGCAUCGGGGAUAUCUCGUUCAGGACCACGACGAGCACGCACAGGAAGUGAAUACCCACCAUCACGAGAGAAUCAUCGGCUACCAGUUCUCCACAGCGGCAAGACUAAGCGUCUAUCAGCUCGCAAACAGCGUGCGAAUAACAAUGGAUCUGCUCCAGCGUCAAUGACGACCACGUCAUCUCUAUCGAGGCUGCUAGAAACAACCGACGAGAAACGCAGUCUGUCUGCUACUCAAAGCGACUCGAAUUUGUACGCGCCACGUCGUCAGGAUGCUAUUCCUUCAUCGGCUGAUCGAAGCGCUCUUGACUUCUUAGAGCACGAAUCUGAGAGUGAAAACGAUAACAAUUUGCACAAUUCACCCGUCACCAGGUCUUUACAAGUUGUCCGUGAGCUGGACAACAACGAAGUUCCCGACGAUAGCAACUCGAUCGUGCCGCAGCUGGAUUUCUCGGUUACAAGGAAGUUUGAACAGUUGAAGCAAAUCAUGAAAUCAAACCGAGACAAACACAAUUCGGCUCGGCAAAAUAGUGAACAGCCCAGUAAAGAAGCAUCACAGCCCGCAGUCCAUUCGAAAGCUUCCUCGCGGAGUAACCAGAGUGCAAAAGGUGCUACUCGUGCAUCAUCGAGCGGCUCUUCAGCCUCUAAAAACGGCGAGAAGACCAGACCGAAAGGGAUUUUGAAGAAGCGCUCAACCCCAGCUGCACGUGCCACGGCAACCAUGAACAAAGACUCAUCAGGCACCAAACACACAUCUGGAGCUGCAAGUCGAAGGGCGUCUUCAAGCGUAGCCGUUGCAAUCGCGCCGUCUAUCCGAUCAAAAAAAGAGAUGAAGGUGAGAGGUGGUGUGUCACUCUCGGAUUUGAAGGCAGAGCAUCGUGAGGCAUUGGAAAUGCUCAAGGAACUGGGUGGUCCAGUGGAUCCUGACUAUCUGCACGUCUGUGUUGAUCUAAAUACGUCCAAAGGAACUCGUCUGGGGAGGAAUGUCACCAGAACUACAGCGAUGAAUCGAUCUGCCAUGUCUGGUAGAAAGUCGACAAACCAACUGCAUGCUCGCGAAACGGUAUUGACACCACCAUCCUCAUCGGUAAGUAUGGUUACCAAGCUUAGGGAAUCCAUAUCUUCUGGUCGUAGUCGCGAAUCUUCUCCUCGAUCGAGUUCUUCACCAGCAGCGGACAGGCCGCCAAUAUCAAGUAACGAGAAGAAGAAAGAUGAUACUGGCAGCUUGGUUCCUGAGGAAACUGGGUCAAACCAAACAACAGUACAAGAACCUACUGGUGAUGUUACAGUUGCUCUGGAUAAGGCUAGCAUUGUGGACCCUGAAGCUGCAGGGCGUGGCCCGUUGCCGCCAUCUCUGUCGCCAACUAAGACUUCUCCUGACCCAUGGAAGCAGUACGAGGACGACACUAAUGACGAUGAAGAUGAGGAUAACAAUAAGCUGGAGCACGACAGCAACAAUCAAGUCAAGGCAAACCCAACGUCUCGUGGCCGCUACAGCGACGACGAUUUCGAUUGUGGUUGGUGACUGAGAACCUUCCAGUUCUACUCGUAAUUGGCAAGUGAUUUUUUACGCAGUUCAUGCCGAUACGAUACGAGUGGUAUAUCGUUCAUGUUAGUAAAGUUAAUCUAUUGAAAAAUCUGUGUAAAAUAACAGAUCUACGC